AUGUCGCGCGACUGUGCCACGUCACCCAUCUAUAUUUGUGUGUCCAACUCAUCUUCGAGUCUCCGCCACCCCAUUCUCCUAUGCUUUGUCCGAGCACGCCUUAUCACUAGUCGCAUACCCCACGCCAGGAGCCACGCCAAGAGCCACACCGAGAGCCCUGCGCCCACUGCUGCCAGUAGUUGUAACAAAGACAUUGUGACAAAGACGGGAAAGUCGUCGCUUCCUGAUGACAGUGCCUUUGUAUAUUUCUUACGGAGCGCCGCACAGUUCAUCGCGACUAUGUGCUCAAAACGCGGUCCUAACGCGGUAUUGUGCCAGUUUUCUUGA